AUGAUAACGUUAUUGACUCGUUAUAUCGGUAGUACUAUAGUUAUAGCAAUCAAUAUAUUAAUAUGGGUAUAUCAAUAUGAAACAAGAUCACAAUUAGAAAGUGUUUCAUUUAACUUUGAAAAGAUUACAAGAUAUGGUCAAUAUUGGAGAUUCAUUUCAUCAACAUUUACACAUAUCAAUUUGGUUCAUCUUGCAUUAAAUUCAAUAUCGCUAUGGCAAUUACGGUUUUUAGAACAAUCUAUUGGACUUUAUCAAUAUGUUAAAUAUAGUUUCUUUAUACUCUUGUCAUCUAAUCUAAUGAUGAUGUUUUUUAUCAGUAUUGUCAACAUUCAAAGACCAACUUUAAAUCUUAAAGAUCGCAAUUAUAUAGGUUAUUCUUGUGUAUGCUUUGGUCUAAGUACAUAUUAUAGUUUAAUUCAUUUUGGAUUUUCAAACUUGUCAAUCUUUACAAGUCUUUUAUUUACACAAAUAUUAUUUCCAAAUGCAAGUUUUAUUGGACAUUUGUUUGAAUUUAAUGCGGAACUUGGAGGAUCACCAGGUUCUACUACAUCUAGAAUCAUCAAUGGUAUAUUAAUUAGAAAUUCAGGUAGAAUUUCAAAUCAAGCCGAAGAUAUGGUUUAG